AUGGCCUCAAAUGAUCAACAGCCAGAUGCUCUCUAUAAACUCCUCAUAAUUGGUGACUCUGGUGUUGGAAAAUCUUGCUUUCUCUUGCAAUUCACUGAAGGCGACUUUAAGGUUUAGGUUAGAUUAGACGAGUGUGCUUUAAGUCCCCACUUACAGUGGCACCAUGCAUUCCACAGCGAUUGCUAUGGGGGGCGGUCGAAAGAACUCAAGCCUGGGCCAAAAACCCCAGCUUAUCGGAGUCCGCGUCCUUUUGAUCCGGCACUGGAUUUAGCCGUGAAAUACCAUUUCUAACUUUGAGUCACCAUUUACCAACACUGAUAAGUUCUGGCCAGAUCCCCCUUUCACGGGACCCUUUUAGACUGGAGAGGCUAGCCCUUGAAAAUCUUGUCUAGCCUCUCUUCUAAAGAAAAAUUCAGCAUACUUGUGCUUGUUCGGGAUAGGCCACAAAGCAGCUUAGGCAGGUAAAUUGCCCUGCCUCUAUCGGGCACCAAUUCUGUGCCUGGGCGCUGUUAGCAAAAAAUCUGCAAAAACUGCGUCGCCAAGGCAUUAAUCAGUUUAAAAUAGUGCUGGGUCUCUUUUUCAAGGCUAACCUAAUCCAUCGGCAGCUUUGCGCUCCAAAAGCUGUGCCAGAUAUGUAUAAGGACAGCCAUGGUGAGAACAGGUCGCUCGACACCAGCCAUUUUAUGUAUAUAUGGCUUUAAGGAAGAUCACAAUGUUACUAUAGGAGUCGAGUAUGGCGCUAAAACUCUCAAAGUCGAAGAAAAGAAUAUAAAACUCCAAAUUUGGGACACAGCAGGGCAAGAAUCCUUUAGGGCCAUUACUCGCUCUUUUUAUAGGAACGCGCAUGGAGUGGUUCUAAUGUAUGAUUUAACUCGCUUAGAAAGCUACGAAAACCUUUAUGAUUGGCUUAGAGAAAUUAAGCAAAAUUCUGACCCUGAUGUCGUCAUAUAUCUUGUAGGAAAUAUGCUUGAUCUAGCUGAAGACGAAAGAGAAGUGCAGACUGACCAAGCACAAGCGUUUGCAGAAGAAAAUAAGCUUGAUGGCUUUACAGAAGGUUGGGUAAGGAAAUUUUUGCAUUUUUUUAAAUAAAAAUAUAUGGUUUAUAUUAUAGGGAAAAAUCCAGAAGCUUCAGCCAAGACAGCUGAACAUGUUGCAGAGGUAAUGCAUAACUAGGGUUUUUCAAAAAAUUGGGGAAGUAUUGUACAAAAAAUCAGUGGAAAAACAAGCAAGGGAACAAAAAGCUAUAUCACCUCCACCUCCGAUCAUAGUGCGGCCAACAACACAACCAGAGAAGAAAAAGUCUUGCUGCUAA